UAUCAUUUCCUCCGACUCAGAGCCCUUACCAAGACACAAAGUUCGACGAGUGAUCCGUAAAGUAAGGUUUUCUAACCCCUUAGCUCACUUGGAUCUCAACUUUCAUUUGAAAAAGCAGCAGCAUGAAAGCAGUCGUGAAGUUGAGAUUGAAGAUGAGCCGGCUGUCGUCCUUCAACAGACCCCUCGGAAACGUUCGAACGAGGAGGUGUCUCAUUCUUCAGGCGACUCAUCACAAACACAAUUCACGGCUUCCAAGACUGCCACUGGCGGCCAGGCUAAAUCCAAGAAGGCGAAGGUAACAAAGCCGGCGGAAGACCCGCCAGUACCAAUGUCUGAGCCGGCUAGGCCGCCUUCUCCUUUAACUGCCACCCCAGAAGACCCGCCUAUUAUCCAUGAAGCAAAUCCUUCGGAGCUGUCCCUUGACCAAGCCACUAUGAAUCCUUCCACAGUUGGACCGUCAAGCUCAACUGACCCGCCGUCUCCACAUGUUCAAGAUGUUCAAAUUACUGGGAGCCGUUUUGUUGAGCCGGGGAAUCCAACGGUGUUGGCUCGGUGCACAGCUAAGUAAGAAGCAUUGGAGAGGCAGAAGGUUCGCUUUGAUGUUGCCAACUACGACCGUCUUAAUGCCAGUGAUAUUCUAUCCGGCUAUCUCAGUCAUGUACACUCCAGUCGUGAGUCUGAGAUCGAGAUGGUCAAGCAACUUCAGUUGAAAUAUGAGAAUGCCUUGUCUGAACUAAACUCUCAACUGACUGACGCAAAGACCUGGUUAGCGAGCCAGGAGUCAGAAAUCAAGUCUUCCACCUCCAAACUGCAAUUAAGCCUUUCUGAAAUAGAGAAUUUGAAAGCCAGCUUUGCUGUCAAAGAGAAAACUUGGGAGGAUGAGAAAACACUUCUGACCCGGGGAGCUGAGACAGCCGAAACAGCUCCGAAGGAAAUAUCAACCGAGCUGAACGGUUUAAAGGGCCGGGUGUCUCAGAUGGUCGUUGCUAUCUUUGGUCCACGAAGUAAAAAUCUGAGCCAAGGCCCGUUGAUUAAACUGAAGGCUGUAUACACCUUAGUUGAACAAUUGUACAUUGGUGCACAAUGGGCUCUGGCCGCUAUCUCUCCUGCAAAUCAAGGACCCAACCGGCUUAGCGAUGUCCUGAAGAAGCUGUCCUUCCUUCCGGCGAGAUUCCAAGAAGUAAAAUGCUCCUGCGCGCGAGCCGGAGCUUUGACUGCCCUAAGCCGCUCCAAGGCUUGGGUGCCAGACCUAGACCCAGCGGACGUGCCAAGAGGUUAUCCUACUGUGAAGGAGGACGGGUCUCCAUUUGAUCAGGAUGAUUUCAUAGCGUGUGUACGCGAAGUCCGGCCUCAGGCGACUAGCCUUGGAGAAGACACCAAUGUUGACAAGUACCAGCCAGGUUUUGACAAUGAAAAUAAGAAGAUGGCCACUCCUUCAUACAAAGUAGCAGACCUGAUCCCACCUGUGAGAGAAGAUACCUUUGCUCCGGAAAUUGAACCGGUCGGCCUGAUUGACGACGAAGUUUCGGCCUCGGUGUCAACAUCCAACUUGAAAGAGCUCAACCAUAAGCUUGAUCGGUCCGAGAAGGACAUGUAUCUACUUAAGAACCAGAUGAAGCAGGCUCAAGCUUCCUCCUUGGAGCUUGAGAUGCUUCGGUCCGAGCUGCAAAAGGCUCGAUAG